AUGUUAACGAACUUGGUGAGGUCUGUCUCACGACUACCGACGUUGCCACGAUUUCCGUCAUUGCUCGCAACUACGACAAAUUAUGCCUACACUUCAGUAUUCUCGUUUCAUACUUCAGUCGCAGCAAUGAGGAAUAACAUAUUGCAGUUUAUCCACUAUCGCAAUGGUCCGCCCAAGCGUCGAUCCCGUAGCAACGAUAAAAGUCCAAUAAGUGGUUAUAACUUCUUCAAAGGAAUUGUCCUCAAAACUGUAAUAAGACAUCCGAAGAAGCCAAAUUCGGGAAAUCGUAAAUGUGCAAUUGUUCGGUUAUCGACUGGCAAGGAAGUUUGCGCGUACAUACCAGGUGUUGGACAUAAUUUGCAAGAACAUUCUCAGGUUCUUGUACGAGGUGGACGACGGCGCGAUCUCAUUUCCGUCAAAGCUAACAUCAUUCGAGGUAAAUUGGACUGUGCACCUGCUGGUGCCGGUCCAAAGAAGUAGAUCCAGCUAGAAUUAAAGGCGUUCAGAAUUUGUUUAUUUGUUACUCUUCUGUACAAAU